CGCUUCCUAAGCUGAGUGCUUCAUCACCGAGCCGCCUUUACCCAGAUUGCACCUUUCCCAAAAUCUACCCGCACAGCAGCGACUCUUGAAGGCAAUGCCCCUGCAGAUCCUUCCUCGGACUCCCCCAAUCACCUCCUACGCUCCUUCCCAAGACUAUCCGGGCCUCUACGCGGAAAAUUCUCUGUGGGGUGAAAAUCACUUUUUUUUUCUGGAGUUCUCGAUACCAAGACCUCUAUAAAGCUUGACCAGACCCCAGCCAACGUCCAGCAGCAGCGUCUCGACCACCCCCAUCCGUUUCAAGACAUCAACUACACCUCCGAACAACAAUGCUAGGACUCAAGCGACUCGCCCUUGUUGCGCUUUGCGCCAUAGAGAGCAUCACCCCCACCGUAUCAGCUAGAAGCCUUUUCAACCUCAGGAGCAUCCAGCACGAUGAUGCCCUCGACAAACGUCAAAGUCUCAUGCAAAAGUACUGCCCCUCGUCGACACCAGGAGCGGCUUGCUUCUCCGAGUUCACCGUAGCGGCCCAAAAGAUUACCUACCGCAUCGCCAUCCCCGAAGUCGCAGCGGCCCCCUUCGACAUUUAUCUGCAGAUCAUUGCUUUCAAGGCCACGGCUGGAUGGGCGGGAAUUGCGUGGGGAGGCAAGAUGAGUAAUAAUCCGUUGACGAUUGGGUGGGCGUUGCCGAACGGCGGGAAUGGGUCGGUUGUUAGUUCGAGGUUUACGAGCGACCACAGCGCCCCCGGCGCCUACUCCGGCGCAACCUACACCGUCCUUCCCUCAACCACCGCCAACGCCACGCACUGGCAGCUGGACGUGCUCUGCCAAGGGUGCAGCAAGUGGGCUAACGGCUCGCUGAACCCGAACGGGGCGAACGCUUUUGCUUGGGCCAAGGCUACCAAGGCGGUCGCUAACCCGGCGAGCAAUUCUAGCUCGUUCAGCAGUCAUGAUGGCAAGGCUGUGUGGUCGCAUGACUUGAGCUUGGCGAGGGUGCCGCAGAGUGCGUUUGAUGCGUUGGUUGCUGGGAAGGCUGUUGGGGCUUGAUUUGUCCGAAUGCGAGAAGACAAUAAGGGAGUGGUUUCUGCUGAGGGGAGUACGAGGAAUCUGAACUCGAUCGCGCUGGUUUUUAUUGAUAUGAUGUCAUGGUCUGGGAUUUACGAGGAGUGUUCGUGAUCAAUGGCUGGAAGAGUCGUUACGAAAGCUCACUAGGUUGCAUUGUUGCUGUGAACAUGAUAGAAUUUUACUCGGCCAAGGACAGAAGGUACACAAAAUAAAUCGUGUUCAGUUGAGCAUACCGUGAGUUUUGAAGAAGAGUUCAAGUAUUCGAGAGUCUGACAAGAUCUGGUGAAAUGGAAAGGGAGUGUCACCGUCGAUUCGCCAUAGAAGCGGCACAAAAAUCAAGCAACACCGGUAAAUAGCCAGUGGUAGCACCUCACUCUGAGCAAAUUAAA